AUGGACAAGCAGCAACAAGGCAAAAGGUAUGUCUAUUACAUGCAAAGUUAUUUCGCCGGUUUCAUGUAUGAUAUUUCACAAUUUGCCCGCAUACUUUUCUACAGGAUGCAACAUUACACAACAAAGAAUGUUCUACCCUCUUCAUCAACGCAUGCAUCAAGAAAAACUCACAAGAAGUACAUGGAGGCUAUUGCAGACAUGAAAAAUGCCACCACCAAAUCCGCAACAUGGAUCACUUUGAAAGAGGACGCACGUGAAGACAAUAUCACAAAGCUACUCCAGGAACAUCCAUUCAGGUCCACCAAGUACAUCUUUGAGUACAUGAAGAACGGAUUUAAACAUGUCCAAAUUCUCCUCGAUGAAGAAGACAACCGCGUGGACGACUCUAACAAACUAUAA